GCUGCAACAUCUAUAGCAGCCUUCAGAAUAAUAUCUCUGCUGCUGUUACUGCUGCUGUUACUGGAUCCUCCGGGGAACAGGCAGGAGGAGACGGAUCUGUUUCUGAGAACCAGCCGACACUUAACGCACACGUCUGUCUGCCUUUACGUUCCCUCCUCGCUGAAUAAUCUGAAGGAGGGUUCAGCUCGGACAAGGAAUAACGAACCCUGGAAGGAGGUGACAUGCCCUUCGCUGCUUGGCGCAGUCGGUGCGCUGAUCGCUGUCAGACGCGGGCGAGGUAGAAACCGGAAUGGUGCGUUUAAAUGCUUGUUCUUAACACAAGGGAAGCCUGUAGGGGUUUUUCGAUUAUAUUCAGCUGGACUUAACGCCCGAUCUCGGGGUGGGAGCAGCGGGAGAAUGCAGCACAGCGGGGGUUUGAGUGCAGGUGGAUGGCCAACCUGACGGUCCCGGCCGCCGCUUCCCUCCCGUUCAGCUGCAGCAGCUGCAGCAGGAACAGCCGCAGCUCUGGCUUCAUCCGGAGCCCUGAAAGCAACGAACCACACUGAACCAAAUCGGACACAUAAAACCAACGAGCCAUGCUUCCCGGGGUCGGAGUGUUCGGCACCAGCCUGACCACCAGGGUGAUCAUCCCGCUGCUGAAGAACGAGGGCUUCGCCGUGAAGGCGCUGUGGGGCCGGACGCAGGAGGAGGCGGAGGAGCUGGCCAAGGAGAUGAACGUACCCUUCUACACCAACCGGAUAGACGACGUGCUGCUGCACCAGGACGUGGACCUGGUCUGCAUCAACCUGCCGCCGCCUCUGACGCGGCAGAUCGCGGUCAAAACACUGGGUAUUGGCAAGAAUGUCAUCUGUGACAGGACCGCCACGCCUCUGGAUGCCUUUCGAAUGAUGUCAGCCGCCCAGUAUUACCCAAAGUUGUUGAGCAUUAUGGGAAAUGUGCUGCGUUUCUUGCCAGCAUUUGUCCGGAUGAAGGAGCUGUUGGAGGAAGGGUACAUUGGAGAACUUCUGGUCUGUGAGGCCCAGGUCCACAGUGGUAGCCUCCUGGGGAAGAAGUAUAACUGGAGCUGUGAUGAUCUGAUGGGAGGUGGAGGCCUUCAUUCAGUUGGCAGCUACAUCAUCGACCUGCUUACGUUUCUGACGGGCCAACGCGCGGCGAAGGUCCACGGCUUCCUCAAAACCUUCGUCAAACAGACAGACCACAUCCGGGGCAUCCGUCAGAUCACCAGCGACGACUUCUGCACCUUCCAGAUGGUCCUGGAGGGGGGCGCCUGCUGCACCGUUACGCUCAACUUUAAUGUCCCCGGAGAAUUUCGGCAGGAGGUGAUAGUCGUCGGAACGGUUGGGAGGUUGACGGUCACAGGGACGGACCUGUACGGGCAAAAGAAUAACGGUGGAGGGGUGAGCGGUGGCGGCCCUGAACUCCUGCUCAAGGACGCCACACCUCUUGAGAAGGCCUCGUUGCCGGAGAAAGCCUUCAGUGACAUUCCAUCACCUUACCUCAUAGGGACAAUCCGCAUGAUCCAGGCGGUGCGGGAGGCAUUUCAGGACCAGGACGACCGUCGGACGUGGGACGGGAGGCCCCUGACGAUGGCCGCCACUUUCGAGGACUGCCUAUACGCUCUUUGCGUGGUGGAUACAAUCAAGAAGUCCAACCAGUGUGGAGAGUGGCAGAACAUUGUAGUCAUGACCGAGGAACCGGAGAUCAGCCCGGCCUACUUGAUCAGCGAGGCCAUGCGUAGAAGUAGGAUGUCACUCUACUGUUAGCGUCCGCCUGCUUCACCACGAACACUGAAGGAACUGCAUUUAUUUAAAUUCAUCAGCGGUUUCUGUAUCGUUGCUGUUACAGAGGGUUUACACCAGGGUGUUAGGGUCUCUGCAUCCUCAAAAGUAGAGGAAAAUCAAUGGGAUUAAUAAUCAACAUUUAUUUAUAAGGAAGCUUUUUCAUUUGUUAAAUUUUUUUUGACUGCGAACUUGAGACCUUAUGGUGAGACACGUUUGCAAAUCCGACUGAUUCAUGCAACAUUAUGAUGUACAGCGGAGGCAUAUCAGGGAGUGAAACCAGUUGCUGGUUAGUCGGUUGAUCAAUAUGAUCCUUUGGCCGCAGGGCUUUGCUUGUAAUAUUUCCGUUUUACACACAGAUACUUUCCUAACCCCCUCCCCCCCAUAGCUCGCUGCUUGAUCAACUCUGCUUCUCUUCUCUAUGACUGGGUCUGGAAAGACAACACACCUCACACUGUGGGUCCGAACAAGGACAGCCAAGGAAGAACGAUAGUCUUUUCAAAUUGUGCCGCUCAGUUGUUGCCGUAAUCUGAAGUACUUACUGGUUCUACCAAGUGAAUGUUUUAAAACAAAUACAGUCUUCUUCUGUGCUUCUUCUGUGUGUGUGAAACAAGAUAUAAAAAAAAGAUUUUAAAAAAAUCAAUCAUUUGGCUGGUGGGGUUUUCAGAGGGAUUCAACCUCUGGUUAAUGUAUGCAAUAUGAACAGACUGCAGCAGAAAGCAUUUCUUUCAGCUUGAGAUAAAGGGUUGGAAUACACUAUGGCACAGGUGUAUAACUAACGGCACGUGGACCAAGAGUGGCCUGGCAGAGGGUCUAAUCUAAUCAACAGAAUGAAUUUGCGAAGUGCGCAAAUUACAUAGACCAAUUUUUUGAUAAAAAUAACUGGUAUUCCUAAUUUGUCCAGUGUUUUAAUAAAAGAAGUGGGUAAAACACAACACUGAGACCCAAGACUAAACAGCAGACAGCAAUGAGUCCAAAUUGCACUUAUUUUUUUAAUGUAACCAUUCUCCUAUUUACUACUUCUUCCCACUAAAAAAUGGAAAAAGUCUGGAGUAUCACUAAUUAUGGGUUAUUAUGCUGUUAUGAUACUGAUCCAGCCCACUUGAGAUCAAACUGGGCUGUAUGUGAUCCCCAAAUUAAAAUGACUUUGACACAUCUGCACUAUGGUAUGCCUUUAAGUGGUCCCAGUAGGCUGUACAUCAGCUUGUUAGUCCUAUAUGAGUAGAUGUUCUUGGCCAUGAGGUACUGUGACCCUUGGCAUGGCGUACAUAUCUGUACUGAGCCUUAAGCUAAAGCUAUGUGGAGGUUUCAUCCUCAUAUUGCGAUGCAAUGGUCAUCCUUGCUGCAAGCUCAUGUUUAAUAUACCCAGAUAUACAGUUAACACUGGAAAGCUAAAGCAUUUUAUAAUGCAGUGCUAUGAGGUGUUAUUCUGUAUUUAAUUAACAGCGCCAUUAGAAGACCAAAACCGACAGACCUAAUCUGCUUAUCAGUAUCUCAGUGACUACCGUUUCACUUAUUAAAAGAGCAGCAAUAAAUAUUUUUUAGUAAGCCAAAUAUGUGUCAACAAACCGUUCCCUUUCGCAUCGUCCAGCUCACAUGUUGCUGGUCUCAUUAAUAAUAAUAAUAACAAUCUUUAUUUUUACAGCACUUUUCAAAUCACAAAGUGCUUGCAACUGAAGAGAAAACCAGUAAAGGCUCUCCAAUAAAAGUAUUUUUUGUUUUAAGUAGCGAUUUAAUCACAGCUGACCUGAUUUCCUAAAGCAGAUCAUUCCACAGUUGAACGCCCUGUCACCUUGACUUUUCAGCCAGGCGCCUGGAACUGACCUCUGCCGAGGAUCUAAGGGUGUAGUGUGCAUGCCGGCCUGUGUGGUGCUAAAAGGUCAGCGAUGUAUCCCAGGUCCAUGGCCAUGAAGGGCUUUAAAAGUUAUUAAUGAGGUCUGAAGAGUGGGUGGAGAUCUGCUGAAAACAGAGUGAUAAGAUGCCUUUUCCUAGUUCUGGUUAAAAAGCCUGGCAGGUGAACCAACAAAACAUCUUCUAUGGUGAAAAAGCUCUGAUGAACUUCAUGCCUCCUGCCCAGGGCCAAACAGCAGCCAGAUGACAAACAUAGUGAUGCAUUUAGCAGCUGAAAAGACCGUUAGUAAAUAAAGGAAUUAACAUUUGCUAUGUGGCCAGAAAUAUGUCUGCUGGACGAGUAACUUUCCAACUUUUAUGCAAAAACAUGUUGCAAAUAUUUGUCAUAGAUAUUCUCAGCCAUCGACUGACACACCAUACUACAGAGUGCCGCCACGUGUAUUCUUAAAGGUAUCAGCUGCAGACCUGCAAACAGUAUAUCUAUAAAGAGAACCAGUGAAGAUGAACUGAAGAUUAAAAUCAGUCAUCACAGGCCAAGGAACAAACAUUCACCUACAAGCCAAAAGAUUGACUUUUUUCUGUUAAUUUUUUAAUGCAUCUCUAUCCUUCUGUGUGGUUUCAAGUUGUUAAGCUGAGCUGAAUCUAUUUAACGACUACUGAAAAAUGUACAUAUGAUAAUAUUACAAAACAACAAUGUUCGUCUACAGAAAUAAACAAGUACUGUAUGUAUUUUAUUUGUUAAAAAAAACAACAACAAGGAACAGGAACAUGUUUUCGAGGAGUGUUAAGGUAUUUAUUCUAUGUUCUUUGCCGUUAAAGUUUUGUGGACUGACCUGAGGUUGUGUUUGGGAGAUUGACAGCAGACUGAGGCCUUUGGAGCGUUCAGCUUCUUAGUUCCCCACUUAUCCAGUACUGACCAAAAUAAUCGUAAUUCAGAAAAGCUUUAUGUUUGCUCUUAAGAUGCGAAUUUGACUAACUCCUGUAUACUCCUCUAUCUGUCUGCCCCCUUUUACUGUUCAUUUGUGUCACGCCAACCCCUGCUGUGAUCAGAACUAUUUAGCACUGGCAAAUUGUAGGAAAACAGAAAAUCAAUGUCCGCUAAAAUAAAACCUCUGGUCCAACACUGAUAAGCUAUCUCUCUCUUUUAGAUAACUCUAGUUAAAUCAUUGCCCUUUGUGAGCCAAACGCCUUAUCUCAUCUGCAUAUAGACUUUCCCCCUUUCUCUUAGAUAAGAGAUCUCCAAAUAUAAACCUGUAAAGGAAAAUGCAGUCAGGACUUUAUCUUCUGUGUUUAGGUGUGCAUUGGAUUUUGGAAGAGAAAAAAAACUUGAAUCUCGGCCUGUCUUUAAGGCGCUGAGCAGACACUGGAUAAGACAAAGGAAAGAAACCGAAGGCUCCUGGAGUUUUCCCCCUUUCCCUCAUCGGCCACUUUAUUACCACCUGAUUUACAGCUUUGUGCUGGAGUGGCCUUGGCGCUGUAUUUGUCCCCACUGAGCGCAGUUUGGAGGUGAACGAGUUCCCUUUUAGAGCAUAACAUCAUGACCCGCUCCCUAAUAGGACUAAUGUGUGGUCCCUAAUGUGUAGGUCUCCCUUGUGCUUCCAAAACAGUUGUGACUUAUCAGAGAAUGGACAUGGGUCUUCUGAGGGUGUCCUGUGUGGAUCAUCCCACAGAUACUUGUUCAGUGAAUUUGGAGGCCAGGUCAACAUCUUGUGCUGUUCUUCAUGUUUCUGAGUUGUUAACAUGCACAUGAAUGUCAUGUCUUAAAGUUUACCAGCACAAGAAGGUCAAUGUUCUUUACUUCUCCUGUCAGUGGUUUUAAUGUAAUGGCUGAUUGGUGUACACGGUGAGAGACCAGAUAUUGCAUCUACCACACAUUAACAGCAGCAGGUGACUUUUACUCCCUUAAACUACUUUUUGUUUUUUCUUUUACUUUAAAACAAGUGCUAAACUUAUUGGUAACACUUCAUUUGCAGGUCUGCUGAGUCCUGAUUCCUUCCCAUAAACUUAUCUUGACUGUGACAUUUGGCGCUAAUGGCAGCUAAAGUGCAGGCCCUUGUCUUAAAGUGUUGUUUUUGUCGGUCCACUCAUUUAAGAACUGACGCAGAAGAAUAACAUAAAAAAAGGAAGAACAAAAAAAAAGGCGAUAAAACAUUCCACAAUGAUUAGGCAGUUGCACAAACUGUAAACAGGAACAACAGUGGCUCGACGGUCAAGAUGAUAGUGUCACUGAGCCCAGUUCAAAAUAAUAGAUUCAGCAGAUAUCUAUAUAUAAUAUAGACACAGUUUCAGUUACUAACAUCUGGCUGUAUUUUUCCACGUUUAGUCUACCUUAGAAGGUGGAAUUAAUUGGAGGUGCACCAAAUGCUGAAGUCAGGAAACUGGAUCUAUAAAAUUACGUCUUACCCAGUGACUGAAUUUGGAAAUUUUACAUAAAUAUAAAUGUGGCCACAGCACAAGUCCCUGCUGCACCAGUGCUUCCAUCAAGUUCCAUAGAGAAGGUUAUUUAGAAAGCACUUAAUUUGAUUUUUUCUCCAGAGAUAUUGUCACUUUUAUUGCUGAUUAAACUGCAGACAUUCAUCCACCUCCAAGGAUACUGAAGUGAAACUCACAUUUAAAUGUUUAAAGCUCCUGCAUUUAGGCUCAGAUUGUUUCUUUGCCCUGGACUGAGCAGGUUUUAGUGUCUGUGUCUAAGGAUCCAAACACAAUAGACCCAGUGUGAUAAAAUAAGCCUGGAUAUUUAGUGACCCAGGGUGAGAAAAACCCCAUAGUAACUCAUAAAAUUGGCUUAACCAGACCAAUGUGAGUUCUUUCAAGUAUUUAAAAAGUUGGAUUUGAUCUAACUCUGUGUUGCCGUGCUAGCUGGAAGUCCACGGAGACGCAAUCACACAGCUCAGCGGGCUCGUCCCCCAUCCUCCACCUCUGUGGUGCAAAUGUAUCGUUAGCGUCUGCAAACACAAGGCUCUUCAUCUCAGCCGGUGCAGAUGUUUGGCAAUAUGCUUAAUGGAGAAAAGAGGUCUUUUCAUGAGGCUCGCCUCAUCUGUGAAGACAUCUCAAUAGUGGCGAUGUGGGUGGAGGGGACAGAGUUCUCACAUCCCAACCCUUUGCUGCUUAUAAUGUGUGGAUCUCUGUGUGACAUCUGCAUCUGAAACACAUGAGGCGAUAUCUGGUUUCUGGAACAUUUAAUAUUUAAUGACAGGAAUUUUAAUAAGCUGUUACAGUUAGACUUUUUUUGUUUUUAUUUAGUCAGAAAAGUGCAGCAUGAUGUGCUCCAGUUCCACCUCUCUGCCCCCUGCCCGCCUUGUUUCCCUAUAGUGUAACUACAAAUUGCUCGUCUUUGCCUCGCCAGCAUUCACCAACUGCUCAGGAAAGGCCUUCGUUCACCGUGGCAGAGGGAGGAGGUCAGGGCAGCGGGGAAAAUAGUUCAUUUUGGAGAUGAGGGCGCUUCUUCUACCCUCGGAGACCGUUACUUAGCAACCGGAUGCCACGUUGCCAUGCUCGGCCUUGGAUUUUUUUUUUCUCCCUCUCUCUCACUCACACACACAGUAGCACACCACCCUCAAUCCUCUGUAGGUCUCCCUCUUUUCUCUAAGGAUGAACUCCCCAUGGGGGCGUUUUAAAAUCAGUAUUCAGAAAGAUUUUUAUUUGCUUUUCAUUUACGCAUUUUUCCACUGGGUGACUCUAGAGUUCAGUUUUUCUUUUUCCUUUCUAUCGUGAGUCAGGUACAAGCCUGGAGUACAAGCUCACUGGUGCUUCCAUAGACCUCCUCCCCUCCUCCGAAAUGAUUUCCUCUCCCCUUCCUUCUCCUGCCUUCACAUUCUUUAAGGAGUAACCGAGACAACACUGUUUAAUAGAAAGCAGUAGGAGACAGAUACAGGUGGUGACUGCCUUUCCCUUUCCUUGUCUGGUUGAUGAACGCUGACUCUCGCCUGCUCCACGUGUUCAAAUAGAAAAACAGAUAUCCUGAUAUUCUGAUGCUGUAUUGUGACUAUAUCCAAUAUUUAUUGUCAUGUAUGUAUAUCGUGGAUGCAUGGACCUCUGUACAUACUGUACCUUCCGCUCCCAUAUUUAUGGGUCUUACUCUAGAGAAUGUACUUACUGUAGGAAUAAUUUAUAUUUUCUAUCCGUUAAGGAUGAAACACAGUUUUUAGGAGGUCAGCUGGUGUCAUGGAAAUGAACCCCCCCUUUCUCCCUUGAGUUCUUGCGUGCUGUAAAUUAUGAUGGUGCACUCCAGUUAAUUGCCCCCGCCCCCAGGUUUUGUUUACCCUCUUAUCUGUUUGUCAGUGUCUGCACCCAGUGCUCGGCAUUGACCGACCGUGUGUGGAUAAGUGUAUGAGAGCGUGUGUGUGUCUCUGCAACAUGGUUUAUGGCUUCAGCACUUGUCUAAUGCUGCAGUUUCUAUGGAAUAAAAACAAACAUGUACAUCUA